AUGUCUGACACCAAGAAGCCAGACCGCGGCCAUAGUGGCUCAAAUGGUGAAGAUGAUGGAAAUAGAUCCCUGGAAGAAAUUCUAAUGUCUCUGCAGUGGCUGAUCUUCAUUGCUGCCACAGCAGGUUUUCUGGCAUUCCAGUUAAUCACAAAUGCCAUUUAUGAGGAGCAGUAUGAGGGAGAUGUGGCUUGGAUAUCCAAUCAGAGCAGGCAGAUGUCCCCGACUGAUGAGGAGGAUGAGGACAUCGAGGAUGAGGAUAUCGAGGAUGAGGAUGAGGAUGAGGAAGAAUUGGAGAACCAGAUGGAAGCAGAGGAGGUCGGGGCAGAAAAUGAGAUGCUCAUGGAAGAGAGUGCAGGAGCUCCGUGCCUCACUGACUUAGCGACCUGUACCUGUGAAUUUUUUAGGCUAAAAUUCUUUUUUCUCCCAUGUUUAUAUUCUCCAGGUGUUCCUAACAAUCAAUUAAGGAAGAAGGAAUUUAAGUGUCCACUGUUUUAUUUCUUCCGUGAUCCUAAAUUCAUGGUGCCUGCCCCAUUCAAAUCUGAGAAACCAAAUGAAUGUGAGUGUGAAAAUGCUGCUGAACAAGCUGCAGGGGAAGAAGAGGAGGAAGAUGAUGAAACUGGAGAGCUGGCCAGAGAGUCGAAAAAGAACCUGGACUCUGCAGAGGGCUCCCCACCAUAGGAACGCAGUUGGAAAGCUGAGAAGAAAGAAAUGGACGAAGGAAGAAGAAAUGGUUUUCAUUAGUUUUUCCAUUUUCAGUAGUCUAGAAAAUUGAUUGUGUUCUAAAGUCACUAUAUAAAGAUGUCAUCAACAGACAUUG